AUGGGUCUGGUGGCCGUGCGUUUCGUGUUUAACGUGCCGGUGCGAUGCGGCGGGUCCGGCGGGUCCGGCCGGGGGUUGUCUCUCAUAGACGGAGAGGGACGCAGCGGCGUCUUGAGACGCAGCGGCGUCUUGAGACGCAGCGUGGGGCGCGGCGUAGCUUGGGACGCAGCGGCGGUGAGGCGCAACUGCGGCGGAGGUUGUGUGUCUGUGUGUGUUCAGGAGGUUGUGCGUCUGUGUGUGUGUUCAGGAGGUUGUGUGUCUGUGUGUGUUCAGGAGCUUGUGUGUCUGUGUGUGUCUUCAGGAGGGUGUGUGUCUUCAGGAGUAAGAGCCCCAGGCCGCGCCCUCCUGCCCACCCCCGGCUCCACAGCACAGUUUCGGGCCACGUUGUGGACCAGUCUGGAGAAACUCAUGGACCAGAUCUGUGCGGCCUGUCGACAGGUUCAGCAUCUGCAGAAGGUUCUGAUCAAGAAGAGAGACCCAGUCAGUCACGUCUGCUUCAUCGACGAGAUCAUCAAGGACGGCCAGCCUGACAUCCUCUGCACCUUCUGGACAGAUGUGACGAACACGCUGAGUCAGCAGUUCCACAGAGCCUCAGAGACCUCGUCGUUCCUGAAGCAGGCGUUUGAAGGAGAGUUCCCGAAGCUACUGAGGCUGUUCAACGACCUGUGGCGGCGCCUGCAGCAGUACAACGGCAGCCUGCAGGGGGCGGCGGCAAGCAGCACAGACCCCGGUCUGGACCUGAGCUCCGAUUCCGAGGGCCACGACCUCUUCACCUACGCAAAGCACGACUACAAUCCGGAGAGCGCUCUGAAGUCCUGUCUGGAGCCCUACGAGGCGGCCUACCUGUCCAAGUCUCUGUCGCGCCUGUUCGACCCUAUCAACCUGGUGUUCCCUGUGGGUGGGCACAGCCCGCCCUCCUCAGAGGAGCUGGACAGCAUCGUGCGCACCAUCAGCAGUGAGCUGAGCGUGGCGUCCGUAGACCCUCAACUCUCGCUGUCUAUGGCCAAGAACGCCGCCAAGACGGUGAAACUGUUCUGUGUCAAGUCUGAGCAACUGUUGUACACAGGUCCUCACAGCUCGCAGGUGAUUGGUUCUCUCACUGAGGGACAGAGGAGGAAUGUGGGGGUGGUCAACAGUCUGCACUGGCUUCACCAGGACAUGCUCAAGGUCUUGUCUGGUCUGGGCUCCGGUCCCGUGGCGGCUGUGGAGGCGCUGUCCUCUUCACUACAGGACGUGCAGCUGCUGAUGUCCAGCGCGGUCCAGCCUCUGCUCCAGUCUGUGAGCGACUCCAUCCACGCCAUCCUGCUCACUCUGCACCAGGAGGACUUCUCUGGGGGCCUGUCCAGUGCAGAGCGCCCUGACGUCCCCUGCUCCCUCUACAUGAAGGAGCUGCAGAGUUUCAUCUCUCGAGUCAUGUCCGAGUACUUCCAGAGUUACCAGUGUCAUGACUUCAUCUACCAUCGCACCGAGACCAUCGCACAGAGGACCAUCGAGCUCUUCAUCCGCCACGCCAGCCUCCUGCGCCCCCUGGGGGAGGGAGGCAAGAUGAGGCUGGCUGCAGACUUCGCCCAGAUGGAGAUGGCGGUGGCUCCUCUGUGCAGACGUGUGUCAGACCUGGGGCGGCCCUACAGGAUGCUCCGCUCCUUCAGGCCGCUGCUGUUCCAGGCCUCAGAGCUCCUGGUGUAUAACCCUGCAGUGGGUGAUUUGGUCCCCUACAGCACCGUGCUGCACCUACUGUUCUCCAGGGGCCCCCCAGAACUGAAGGGCCCUCACCAGAGAGCAGAGUGGUCCAUCACUCGUUACGUUCAGUGGCUCGAUGGACAUCCGGCGGAGAGAGACCGACUCGCACUGAUCCGAGCCAGUCUCGAGGCCUAUGUCCAGUCUGUGAGGGCGCGACAGGGGAAAGAGUUCACCCCCAUCUACCCCAUCAUGCUCCAGCUGCUGCAGAGGGCCAGCUCCGAGCCUCACCGGGACCCCACUCGGAACCUGGUCUCAUCUGCCUCCUCUCUCUUUGGUCCUGUGACUUCAGAAGACUUAUUUUGA